CAAUCGCGCCGCGCAUGGCUUGCAAAGCAGGCUGGGAAGGGCCAACAGCCCCCCCCACACUCCGCCCCGAGCAGGACGUGCCCGGCGGGGAGGUGUUCCUGGAGACUGGACACUGCCGACAGGCACCGUACACGAGUCUACAGAGAGCGAGAGCCCAGGCUCCCAUACAGGGAGAUCCCUGCUGCGGAGACGUGGCUGCUGCGCUGGAGAGCGUGGCAGCCGUGGGCCUCCCCUUCCCAGCGGGAGCUGGAGGAGCAGGACGCAGGAGGUGUGCAGGCAGGAGGGGCUGAGGGUGCAGAAGUCCCUCGUGUCGUCCAGACCGGAGCCAGUCCAGCACCAAGAGCUCUGGGGACAGGACGCGAUGCAGGCCAUGCAGCCCCCUUGCGAGGCCGAGCUGCCCUCCGCGACCCCACAGCUGGCACUGCGGGAUGAGUUCCCCACCCUAGAGCCCUGGCGCCAGCUCUUCCGUGGCCUGCGCUACCGGGAAGCCGAGGGCCCAGGGAGGAUUUGCAGCCACCUGUGGGAGCUGUGCCGGCGCUGGCUGGAGCCCCAGCGCCGCAGCAAGGAGCAGAUGCUGGAGCUGGUGGUGCUGGAGCAGUUCCUGGCCAUCCUGCCCCCGGAGAUGCGGAGCUGGGUGUGCAGGUGCCGCGUGGAGACCUGUUCCCAGGCCGUGGCCCUGGCCGAGGGGUUUCAGCUGGGGCAGGUGGAGGACGAGAAGCUGCACGUCACCGUGUGUGUGAAGGUCGAGGAGGGGUCCUCAGACCAGAUGCAGCCCCCGGGGACCCUGCCGGAGUUUGCUGAUUCCCAGGUGCAGCAGCUGAAGGCUCAUCAUAAGGACAGGCCUCUGGAGGAGGCAGGAGAACAGGAAACCCCAGAGCCCGAGGUCGAGCUGCCUCAUGUCCCCAAAGAGGAGCCCCCACCAAACCCGGAGCCAGGCACUGGGACCCUGAGCAGAGCGGAUCAGCAGCCUCCCGAGGAAGGGCUUGUAAAGCUGGAGCUGCAGAGACCCUCCCCAGCGAGACGGGGACAGAGCGGCUCCCUCACUCCUGGGCUGGGCCAGCUGCAGGAGGGCCAGGGCAGGCUGGCAAGGCAGAGGGACAGCAUGGAGCUCCGGGCAGUGUUUGAGGACGUGGCAGUGUAUUUCACACGGGAGGAGUGGGAGCUGCUGGAAGAGGAGGACAAGGGGCUUUACCGGGACCAGAUGCUGAUGAACCACCAAGCCCUCGUUUCCCUGGCAGGAUAUCGAGGCCCUGCCCCUGACUUAAUCUGCCGCAUCCAGCGAGGACAGGUGGAGCUCUGGGUCCGUGAUGAUGAGGACUGUGGGGAAAUGCAGAAAUCAGAGGAUGUGCUGCCAGGACAUGCCUGGUUGCUGAGCAGAACUGAGGAGCAGGCUCCUGAGGAAGGGCCUGGAAAGCUGGAGCCACCAUGGGCUUCCCUGGAGAGUGUGGGUGAGGUGGAUUCCCUGAGCCCAGUGAAGGACCAGUGGCACAAGGGCCAGGGGAUGCCCCCAAAGCUGGAGAAUGUAGCAGUGAAUGUGGUCCCAUCUCUAGUUGGGCAUUUGAGUGAAGAAGGGAAAGAAGCAAGAAAAAGCCCAAGGUGCAGGGAUGAAUAUGUCAUGCUGAGACACCUGAAGAGGCAGAAAGCAAAGGUGCACUGCAGAGAGACACUGCAUCCAAGGCAAGGCAGUGUGGGGGGCCUCAGAGGGAAGCAGGAACUCACUGCCAAGCCCAUAGGGAGAGCCCACUCCUGCACUGAGUGCAGGAAAAGUUUUAGCUGCCCCUUGCUCCUGGCUCUCCACAAGAUAAGGCACACUGGGGAGAAGCCCCAUGUACGCGCCACAUGUGGGAAGAGCUUCACCUGCCUCUCGACCCUGCCUGCUCACCACCAGAUCCAUUCUGGACAGCUCCCCCACCGCUUCACCAAAAGGGGGAAGAGCUUUGUGCUGCUCAAAACCCAGGAUGUACACAGGAAGAAGUGUCAGUACUGCUGUGUCACAUGUGGUAAGACCUUCACCCAUUUCUUCUCCCUGGUUCAGCACCGGCGCAUGCACUUGGGGAGGAAGACACGCCAAUGCAAAGAGUGCAGGAAGAACUUCAUCAGCUGGCAAGGCCUGUCCCAACACUCGUGUGUGCAGAGGAUGCAGCAGCCACACUGCUGCACAAAGUGUGGGAAGAGCUUCAGGCAGCCCUCCAGCCUGGCCAGGCACAGGUGCAUGCAGACACGGGAGAAGCCUCAUCAGUGCUCUGUGUGUGGAAAGAGCUUCACCCGCUCUUCCACCCUGGCCCGGCACCAGCGCAUCCACACAGGGGAAAAGCCAUAUCAUUGCUCUGUGUGCGCAAAGAACUUCAGCUGUUCUUCCUCCUUGGCCAGCCACCAGCGCAUUCACACGGGAGAGAAGCCACAUCAGUGCUCUGAGUGUGGGAAGAGCUUCAGUUAUUCCUGCAACCUGGUCCGGCACCAGCACGUCCACCCAGGGGAGAAGCCAUAUCUGUGCUCUGUGUGUGGGAAGAGCUUCAGUUAUCCCUCCGAGCUGGCCCAGCACCAGCGUGUCCACACAGGGGAGAAGCCAUAUCAGUGCUCUGAGUGUGGGAAAAGCUUCAGUUCUUCCUCGCACCUGGCCCAGCACAAGCGCAUCCACACAGGGGAGAAGCCAUAUCAGUGCUCUGACUGUGGGAAGAGCUUCAGUUAUUCCUCCGACCUGAUCCGGCACCAGCGCGUCCACACAGGGGAGAAGCCGUAUCAUUGCUCUGAGUGUGGGAAGAGCUUCAGUUAUUCCUCCCACCUGGCCCAGCAUCAGCGCAUCCACACAGGGGUGAAGCCAUAUCAGUGCUCUGAGUGUGGGAAGAGCUUCAGUUCUUCCUCCCACCUGAACGAGCACCAGCGCAUCCACACAGGGGAGAAGCCAUAUCAUUGCUCUGAGUGUGGGAAGAGCUUCAGUUCUUCCUCCCAAGUGGCCCAGCACCAGCGCAUCCACACAGGGGAGAAUCCAUAUCAGUGCUCUGAGUGUGGGAAGAGCUUCAGUUCUUCCUCCCAACUGGCCCAGCACCAGCGCAUCCACACCGGGGAGAAGCCAUAUCAGUGCUCUGUCUGUGGGAAGAGCUUCACCCAAUCCUCCCACCUGGCCAUGCACCAGCGCAUCCACACAAGGGAGAAGCCAUUUCAGUGCUUUGAGUGUGGGAAGAGCUUCCGUUCUUCCUCCCAACUGGCCCAGCACCAGCGCAUCCACACAGGGGAGAAGCCAUAUCAGUGCUCUGUCUGUGGGAAGAGCUUCACCCAAUCCUCCCACCUGGCCAUGCACCAGCGCAUCCACACACGGGAGAAGCCACAUCAGUGCUCUGAGUGUGGCAAGAGCUUCAGUUAUUCCUCCCACUUGGCCGAUCACCGGUGCAUCCACACAGGGGAGAAGCCAUAUCAUUGCUCUGAGUGUGGGAAGAGCUUCAGUUAUUCCUCCAUCCUGGCCACGCACCAGCGCAUCCACACAGGGGAGAAGCCAUAUCACUGCUCUGAGUGCGGCAAGAGCUUCAGCCAAUCCUCCAGCCUGGUUCGGCACAAGCGCAUCCACACAGAGGAGAAACCAUAUCAGUGCUCUGAGUGUGGCAAGAGCUUCAGUUAUUCCUCCCAGUUGGCUGAUCACCAGUGCAUCCACACAGGGAAGAAGCCAUAUCAGUGCUCCGAGUGUUGGAAGAGGUUCAGUUAUUCCUCCCACCUGGCCCAGCACCAGCGCAUCCACACAGGGGAAAAGCCAUAUCAGUGCUCUGAGUGCGGCAAGGUCUUCAGUUAUUCCUCCAGCCUGGCUCGGCACAAGCGCAUCCACACAGGGGAGAAGCCAUAUCAGUGCUUUGAGUGUGGGAAGAGCUUCAGUAAUUCCUCCCACUUGAUCCAGCACCAGCGCGUCCACACAGGGGAGAAGCCAUAUCAGUACGAGUCUGGUAAGAGCUUCAGUUAUUCCUCCCAGUUGGCCAAGCACCAGUGCAUCCACACAGGGGAGAAGCCAUAUCAGUGCUCUGAGUGUGGAAAGAGCUUCACCUAAUCCUCCCACCUGGCCAAACAUCAGCAUGGCCACACAGGGGAGAAGCCACAUCAAUACUCUGACUGUGGGAAGAGUUUCAGCAUCCCCUUCAAUCUGGCCCAGCACUGGCGCAUGCACAAAGGGGAGAAGCCACAUCAUUGUUCUUAGUGUAGGAAGAGGUUCUCCUACUCCUGCAGCCUGUCCUGAACACCAGUGCAUCUACACAGGGAAGAAGCUACAUCAGUGCUCUGAGUAUUGGAGAUUCUCACCCAUCUCAGCAACCACCAGUGGUGCAUUCAAACCAGCUCCCUCAUGCUGGUGGCCUGCAGAAAGAGUUCCCCCAGGCUUUGCCCCUUGUAGGAAACUGUGGGAGUCCAGAGCUCAGAUGCUGGACAUAUGGUUGGGGGCAGAGGGCUAAGAGGAAAAACCUCAGGCAGAGGUCAGCCCCAAUGUGGGGGGAGGAGACGAGGAGGAGAUGAUCUUUGCAUCAGCCUUGGAGCUUGUGCAUUCCCCAUCAUUCUCUAACAGUAUUCCCAGGGGAAGAAGUGCCUUAACGCUAGGGUGCCCUCUCCCAGACGGCUGACUUCAGAUGACACCUGGGGACUUUUCUUGGCUGCCUCCAAGAUUUCUUCUUCCUCCUGGUCCCGGUAGAUGAGCCCCUGAGUUGCAGGGAGGAGUGCAUUUAUGGCUGGGGAAGCAUUCCCUACAAUUGUCCCUAACCUUGCCUUUCCUCACCUCCCCAUCACCCCUCUUCCGGACCUGCCCAUGCCCAGUGGGGUCUGCAACGAGCUGCCACCUCCGGAGUCUUUUUGGCCUGUUUUGCUCUUCAGCCUCUGCAGAACUGUGCACCACGGGGUGUGUGCUGCUCCCCUGACCUCCUCCCCUUUGUUGUAUUCUCUCUCAUGCCUUCCCCGCUACUAAAACCGCAGAAUUGGA